UCGAGAACAAAGUCAAGCCGAAUAGCAACCUUCUUCGAAAUAAGCAACUGUUCGGUCCCGAGCCACUUGCUUAUUUCGAGGCAAUACUGUAUUUGGUUAGGCGGUCGUCCACCUAAUCCUCGAUGCCGUCCUACUCGGCCUUGAUUCAGACGGUUUAUGUCGCUAAAGAAGAUACACGUUUUGGAAUAAUAAAUCUGACUUUAUUGUCUGACAAUGAGAUGUCGACCGACGGCUUCGAACAGGUCACAAGGCAAUGGCAUGGGCAAUGCCGUCUUUCGUCGGGUAGGCAAGGCAGCCAACGUUUUCCUGGGGAGAAAAUGGGCGCGACUAGCGCAGCUUGUGCUACUCCCCACAUCCGAGGCUCAACGCGAUUAAUUAUUUCGACAACCGAGUUUCUAAUCGUGCUCGUUGAGGAAUGAACCGCCUCACUUAUCUGACUAAGCAUUUAUUUGCAAAAAUUUCUUUUCUCCUGAAAUACAAAGAUAUUUCUCAUGUGAAUGAGGCAUAAUGGCUGCGCGCUUGCGCAUGACUCGGCGGUAGGGGCUUCCCCUUCAGCGCUUUUUCACUAGACGAGCGGACACUAUGAUUCAAACUACCACAUUUACAUAUGAACUAAUUGGUUAGUUCUGUUGCAAAAAUUUGAAGCUUUUAUUUCCACAAUCUGAUUUUUACGCGGCUUGUUCUCACAAAUAUAUGUACGAUGGUCAAGAAAGGCACUACGGAUAGUCAAGACAGACAAUUAGCUUACAAAAAAGAAGCAGUUGAAGAUGUUACAGAAUUUGCUAAAACAAAAAAGGAUGAAAUGCAAGAACUAAUAAAAGAUUUCAAUGAAAAGUGGCAAAUAGGAUUAUGGUGGGACUCCAAAGUACUUCAGAAGGAUAAACGGUUUUACCAUUUUUUUUCUUUUAAGACUUCAGAUAAGCAAGAUGUUAUUCAGGUAAUAGAAAAGUAUCUAAAUCUUUACAAACAUAUGUAUGAUAUUGAGUAUGUAAAAGAUGCUACUGAUCAAGAGAGCAUUAAUAGUGCUUAUGAUCAAAUUCAAGAUUUGUACAAAGAGUUAUCAAAUAUGGUUAAAGUAGCUGAAGCAGAAAAAGAAACUACAAAUAGCAGUACUAUUUAUAACUUACACAACAAUAUUAUAACAAGGGAAACACAGAUUGUAAAAAAAUUAGAAAGGCUCGAACUUUCUAUUUCAAGACAAAAGAUACAAAGCUUAACACCUAAAUUAGAAAGUGCUCUGAAGGCAUGUGAAGAAAAUAAAGAACAAAUACAUACCCUUCAACAAGAGAUUAAGAAAUUAAAGAAGAGUGUAAAAAAGUUGUAGAAGAAAAUAAGAAAAGAAAUGAGAAAUUUGAUGGAAGUAAUGUAUAGUUACAUGGAACAUGGAGAAGCAGUUCAGAAUAAAGCUGAUGAACAAGGAGAAAGCAUCAGUCAGCAGCAACGAUAUGCUUAAAGUGUUAAUGAUCAACGACAAGAAUCCAACCUAAUCAGCAACAAAAUUGCUUAAGCAACUGCUUAACGCAGUUAAAUACAUUGAGAGAAUUAGAAAAAUGUGCUGAAAUCUGACUUAAAGGAAGGUUUCAAAUUUUCACUAUCCAUAAGAAUGUGGAUAAAUAUUUCGUGUUACCUUUUGUUAAGUAUAUUAAUGUUUUAUUAAUGUGUAGCAAGGUAUGUAGUAAAGAGAAAAAUGAAAAUAAAGAAUCAUGGCGGUUUUUUGGAUUAAAGGAGAAAUUUCCAUUUACAUGGAAAACACGACAAGAAAAAAUUCUUGAACAAGAUCUAGAACAAGAGGAGGAACUAUAUGUUCAUGCAUACGAUUUAGCCUCAUAUUUUAAUGACAAUAUUAAGUAUGGUGAAAAAAAGGUGAGAAAGGUUCUUGAAAUAGCGGAAGAUAAAGAAAUUAGUGUCAAAAAAGUCAGAAACAAGUUUAAUGAAGUCAUAAGAAUGAUCAAGGAUAACUUAGAAAAGGAAUUCAAACCUGAUGAUUACAUUGGGGGAGGUACCAAGAAAUAUAUUAUUAAAGAAUAUGCUAAGUGGAUGCGGAUUAUUGAUGAUUUUCUGAAGAAAGAGGAGAAACUUAUAAAAGAUACCUGGAUUGAGAUAAAUAAUUCCCAAAUAGAAAA